AUGAGUCUGCUGUUCCUCCUCUCUGUAGUGGUGAUGGUGUCCACCACUUGGGCACACCCUCACCACUCCCUUCUCUCCUCUGAGAUGGUUGAUUUUAUUAACAAGGCUAACACCACCUGGACGGCCACAAAGAAUUUCCAGAAUAUCGAUGCCACCUAUGUCAAACAGCUGUGUGGCACCAUACUGAAUGGACCCAAGCUACCAGAGGUGCUUCAUAAAAUUGAAGGCAUUAAACUUCCUGACAGCUUUGACGCACGCAAACAGUGGCCCAACUGUGCCACAAUCCAACAGAUCAGAGAUCAAGGCUCCUGUGGGUCCUGUUGGGCCUUUGGGGCAGCUGAGGCAAUAUCUGACAGGUUAUGUAUCCAGAGUGGUGGUAAGAUCUCUGUGGAGAUCUCCGCUGAAGAUCUGCUGGCCUGCUGUGAUGAAUGUGGCAUGGGCUGUUUUGGUGGCUAUUCUUCUGCUGCUUGGGAAUUCUGGGCAAAGAAAGGGCUUGUCACAGGAGGCUUGUAUGACUCUAAAGUUGGCUGCCUACCCUACACCAUCGCCCCCUGUGAGCAUCAUGUGAAUGGAAGUCGUCCUCCGUGUGGAAGUUCAGAGACUCCUAAGUGUGUGCGGCAGUGCACUGAUGGAUACUCACUAUCAUAUGAGAAGGACAAACACUUUGGCAGACGCACAUACGGCGUCCCGUCGGACCCGGAUCAGAUCAUGACGGAGCUGUACAAGAACGGGCCUGUGGAGGCAUCUUUCACUGUUUAUGAAGAUUUUCUGCUGUAUAAGAGUGGUGUGUAUCAGCAUGUGACAGGGGAUAUGCUGGGCGGUCAUUCCAUUAAGAUCUUGGGCUGGGGUGAUGAGAACGGGACGCCCUAUUGGCUGGCUGCAAACUCCUGGAAUACUGACUGGGGAGAUGAAGGUUUCUUCAAAAUCAAGCGUGGAAAUGACGAAUGUGGUAUUGAGUCAGAGGUGAUUACAGGAAUCCCGCUUAACUAG